GGGCGGGUGUUUGUGUACUGAGCGUCACAGGCUCCUGGCGACAGUCCUCGCUCGCUGGUGCUCAGUGCAGACAUGGUGCUCGUGCUGGUGCUGGUGGUGCUUGUGCUGGUGUUUUUAUGGGUUCGCAGGCCGCAGCGACCGGCAGGAUUGCCACCAGGUCCUCCGACGUUCCUGAUCUUCGGAAACGUUUGGUUCAUGAUCCAGUCACUCAGAGGCCAACUGAAAACUGAGCUCAAGAGAUAUCGCCAAACCUACGGAGAUAUCUUGGGCUUCGUUCUCCCGAACGGCCAGACUGCUGCACACCUCUUCAAGUACGAGGACAUCCGUGACGCGUGCGCUAUGCCGGAGUUCGCCGGCAGGCCUCAGUCGUUCGCCACGCUACUGCGGAGCUACCAGCAACAGCUGGGGAUUGCUUUCAACGAGGGCUCUUCCUGGGCAGAGCACAGACGCUUCGCUCUGCGCAACCUGCGCGACUUCGGCUUCGGUAAAAAGUCGCUGGAAGAGACCGUCCUGGACGAGUUCGAGGAACUGGCCGACGAGAUUACGCAAGAGAUGAAGGCGCCGAUGAAAGUCAAUGGGCGCUUUGGCGUGUACGUGCUGAACAUCCUUUGGAAACUAGUGGCUGAUCAGCGACUGGAUCAGAACGACCCAAAGACCCAGGAUCACGUGGCCACAGUCAGCGAGUUCUUUCAGGCGAUCGGACCUCGCUGUCCACUGAACGUGGCUCCGUGGCUGAGGCACUUCCUGCCGGAGAAGAGCGGUUACUCGACUAUCAUCCGUCACCGGGAGUCGACGGCGGCAAUGUUCGGUCCCCUGGUCAAGGAGCAUCGACGUACCCUGGAGCGCUCCAGCCCGCGCGACUUCAUCGACCAGUUCCUCAUCGAGAUGGAAUCACCAGACGCCGAGGCGCGGCAGUUCACCGAGCGCAACCUGGCCAUCAUCGGCAUGGACUUCUUCGUGGCCGGCGUGGAGACGACCACGAGCACACUGACCUGGGCGCUGCUGCUCAUGGUCCUCCACCCGGACGUGCAGGCGCGCGUGCAGCGUGAGAUCGACUCGGUGGUCGGCCGGCGCAGCCCGUCAUACGCUGACCGGGUGCGGAUGCCAUACACGGAAGCCACGCUGACAGAGCUGUACCGACGCACGGCCGUGUUCCCGCUGGGUGUGCCGCGCCGGGUCACCCGUCAGGUUACGUUCCGCGGCCACACGUUCCCUGAGGACACGAUAGUGCUCACGCACCUCGACGCCGUGCAUAUGGACCCCACCUACUGGGGAGAUCCGUACACCUUCCGGCCAGAGCGCUUCAUCAAUGCUGACGGCACCUUCCGGCGCGACGAGCGUGUCAUCCCCUUCGGUGUCGGGAAGCGGUUCUGCCUGGGGGAGACGCUGGCGCGCAUGGAGGCGUUCAUGCUGUUCACGUGCCUGCUGCAGAGGUUCCGGUUCUCCCCUGUUCCUGGACGGAUGCCGACGAUGAACUUCAAGCCGGGAGUCGCACGGCAGCCCGAGGACUUCGUGGUGAACGUUGAGAUCCAGACCGGUCCGCAGAGACCGUAUAAAACGGACCGGCCCAGACGGACCGGCAUCAGAUCUUCACAGCUCUCACACAUCGAGACAACAUCCACAGACACUCAGAGCACCAUGAAGCUGUUUGUGUUUGCCGCCGUUCUGGCCGUGGCCGCCGCCGCCCCGGCCCCGGACCGCGGCUAUUCGGCGCCGGCCCCCACGUACGCCCCCAAGGUGUACCAGAUUCUGAAGCAGGAGUCGGAGCUCCGCGACGACCAGUCCUACGACUCGCAUUUCGAGACUGAGAACGGCAUCUACGCCUCCGAGUCGGGCCGGCCGGUUGAGGGAUACGGCGAUGACGAGGAGAGCUACAGCGUCAGCGGCCAGUUCAGCUACCUCGGCGACGACGGGGUCACCUACUCCGUCACCUACACGGCCGACGGAGACGGCUUCCAGCCGCAGGGCGCCCACCUGCCCACCCCGGUGCCCACCGAGUACCCGACCCCGGAGGCGUCUGAUGAUGAUGACGCUGAGGAGGAGGAGCGUUACGAGGCUCCUGAGGAGGAGGACGAUGAUGACGAAGCUCCCGCCGGCUACUACCAGCCCCAGUAUGAGCGCGUCAUCGUCGGCUACAGGCCCCGCUACCAGUAAACUGGGGCAGAAUCAUUCUUUCUGUUGACAACGUUCAAAGAAACAUGGCCUACGUGUGUUCCUAAUGUGAAUGUGAUGUUUUAUGAUAUGCUCGUGUGUAUUUAUUUGUUGUGUUUUGUCCGAAUAGUGUCUGGAAAUUCUUGAUGCCUUGAUGUGCAGCAAAUCCGAAAUGCUCCACCACUAGGGAAUUGGGAUUGAUUGAUGUGAUGUGAUUUGUGAAUGUGUUAUUUAAUAAAAUAUUGCAGCAUUACAAA